AUGGCACCUUCACUCCAUCCUUCUGUGGACUCCGGCAUCCAGAAAGGCGAUGCAAACAUAACCGGCGGAAAGCUGUACUGCCACUGCCCAAACAACAAGGUCGAAGUGACCCUCGGAUCCAACGUCGCUCACAACCACGCUUGCGGCUGCUCAAAGUGCUGGAAGCCUUCCGGCGCACUCUUUUCCGUCGUCGGCGUCCUUCCCGCAGACGAAGUCAACGUAACCGCCAACGCCAACAAAAUCCACAUUGUCGACGAGACCGCGGCCAUCCAGCGCAAUGCAUGCAAAGAGUGUGGUGUGCACAUGUACGGCCACAUCAUCAACGACCAUCCCUUCAAGGGCCUGGACUUCGUGCACACAGAGCUGAGCGACUCCAAGGGGUGGCAAGAACCUCAAUUUGCGGCCUUCGUUUCCAGUAUUAUCGAGCAGGGAUUCGAUCCUAAGGGAAUGGAUGAGAUCCGCCAGAAGUUCAAGAAGGAGGGCCUUGAGUCGUAUGACGUACUGAGCCCGGCGCUGAUGGAUCUUAUCGCGACACACACUGCUCAGAAGAGCGCGAAGCUGUCGUCGAAGUUGUAA